AUGUUUAAUAGUAUAUUUAGAAAGCAUGAUCCACGGACAGUGGAUAUAGAAAAUGAAAAAAAAACAGAUGAGUUGAAUGCUUCAUUAAGAGCUUCCAACACUUCAGUAUCUGAUGAACAAGGUUCUCAUACAACAAUUCAAUCAACUCAUAGAACAUUAAAUUCAAGAACAGUUAAUUUGAUUGCAAUGGGUGGUUCCAUUGGUACUGCAUUAUUCGUUACAAUUUCAACUGGGUUAUUGAAUGGUGGUCCAGCAAAUUUAUUCAUGGCUUAUACUAUAUGGUCUGGUGUGAUUUUUUGUGUUAUUGCCUCUAUUGGUGAAAUGGUUUGUUAUUUACCAAUCCAUGCACCUUUCAUUCAAAUGGCUGGUCGUUGUGUUGAUGAAGCUUUUGAAGCUAUUGUGGGGAUGAAUUAUUGGUUAAUGUCAAGUAUAUUGGUUCCUUUUGAAAUUACUGCAGUUAAUUCAAUGAUUCAUUUUUGGAGAGAUGAUUAUUCACCUGCAAUAACUUUUGUUUUACAAAUUUUCAUUUAUACUUUGUUGAAUUUAUUUGCAGUUAAAUAUUUUGGUGAAUGUGAAUUUUGGUUAUCUUUAGGUAAAGUUAUUUUAGCUGUUGGUUUGAUUGUUUUCACAUUUGUUGCCAUGGUUGGUGGUAAUCCUCAACAUGAUGCAUUUGGAUUUAGAUUUUGGAAUAACCCAGGUCCAAUGGUUGAAUAUUUAACUGGUGGUUCAAUGGGUAGAUUCCAUGGAUUUAUGGCUGCUUUAAAUAAAGCAUGUUUCACUUGUGUUGGUCCUGAAUAUCUUUGUAUGGUUGCUGGUGAAACUGGUCAAGUUACACGUAAAGUUUUAUCAAAAUCUUUCAAAACUGUUUUCUAUAGAAUGGCUGUCUUUUAUGUCUUGGGUUCACUUUGUGUCGGUGUUUUAGUUGCUUCAAAUGAUGAAACAUUAAUGAGUAUGGCAGGUACAGGCUCUGAAUCAAAUGGUGCAUUCUCACCAUAUGUUAUUGCAAUGAAAAACUUACAAAUCAAAGUUCUUCCACAUAUUGUUAAUGCUCUUUGUGUUACCUCAGCAUUUUCAGCUGGUAAUUCAUAUGUUUAUUGUUCAUCAAGAGCUUUAUUAGCAUUGUCUAAGAAUGGAUUUGCUCCAAAGUUCUUCCAAUAUUGUACCAAGACUGGUGUUCCAAUCUUCUGUGUUACUGUUUCAUUUUGUUUUUCAUUAUUAUCACUUUUACAAUUAGGUGCUUCAGGUGCUAAAGUUUUAAAUUGGAUUGUUAAUGUCAUCACAGGUGCUCAAGUUGCCAAUUAUUUCUUUAUGACUAUUACAUUUUUGGGUUUCUGGAGAGCUUGUAAUGCACAAGGUAUUGAUAAAUCAACAUUUAGAUAUAAAUCAUGGUUUCAACCUUAUACUGUUUUAUUUGGUAUGGCUUUAACAGCUUGUAUGGUUGGUUGUUUAGGUUAUAUCUCAUUAAUGCCAGGAAGAUGGGAUAUUGGUACUUUCUUGACAAGUUAUUUAAUGAUCUUGUUAGAUGUUGUUGUUUUCAUUCUUUAUAAAUUGAUCAAGAGAACCAAGAUGGUUAAACCAGAAGAAGCUGAUCUUGUGAAUGGAUUGGAUGAAGUGGAGCAACAUGAAAUGAAUUAUUUGGAAGAAAGAGAAAGAUUAGGUUUAGACAUCAAUCCAUCAAUAUGGCAAAAAAUUUCCAAUUGGCUUUUCUGA